AUGGCCCGGAUUUGGGGGUUUAAAGGAAGGAGUGGGCCUCCUGGGUGGUUGGAGGAAGAGAGAGACGGGCUCGAGCUCGGGUUGGAGGACGAAGGAAUGAAUGGAGCAAGGAGAUGGGCUUCAGGCCUAGGCGGAGGUGCGGAUAGGCCAGAGCCCAGACGGGGAACGGAGGAGGUUUGUUCCUCUUGGAUAUCGACCGCAGAGAAGAAGAAAGAGAACAGAGGCAGCGUAGCAGCGAUCUCCCCGGGAACCCCAAUCUUUCUUCACAAGAGCCGCCGCCGCCAUCCUUUCUCCCGGCGACGUGCGAAGCUGCAGAAGCAGCUACGAGUGACGGGUACAGGGCGGCGCUGA